GUUUUCCAGCGUCUUCUGAUCAGUCUGCGAGAGCGUCACUAAGCCGUAACAUAGGAGUGAAGGGACCUGAGCCAUAGCACCACAUUUUCCUGCAUAACUACAACCAUGUUCAAAUCUCUAACUCGUGCGAUUAACAUCGCAGCUCGAUUAACAAACAAGACAGCUACAGCUUCCAGCACCCGGGCUUUGGAGCCGCUUGUCACCUCGGCGUUAUGCCCCCCAAACUCAGCCUCAAGCCGGCCCUUCACCCGCUCCAUCUGGAUGAUGUGCAACAACGGGGCUUCUUCUGGUUAUAGGCCUAGUUUACUUACUCCUAAAGGUGUACUACCAUCUGUUUCAUGUGGUUGUGGAGGUCUUCAUACAGAAGGUGACAAAGCAUUUGCAGAAUUCCUAUCAGAUGAAAUCAAAGAAGAAAAGAAAAUUCAGAAAAGUAAAACUCUGCCCAAGAUGUCCGGAGGAUGGGAGUUGGAACUGAACGGCACAGAAGCCAAACUUAUUCGUUCCAUUUCAGGUGACAGAGUGACCGUCACAUUCAACAUUAACAACAGCAUCCCGCCUAACAUGGAGGAGGAGCCAGAGCAGGGGCAGAAGUCAGCUGAAAACGAGCCAGAAAUUGUGUCAACGCCGAACUUUGUCGUAGAAGUGAUUAAACAGUCAGCAAAGCACGCUCUGGUGUUUGACUGUCAUUUCCCUGAGGACGAGAUUGCUCAUGGUGAGGGAGAGGAGGAGAGCGAUAUCUUUGCCAUCCGGGAGGUGAGCUUCCAGCCAGAGGGAGACGCUGAGUGGAAGGAGACUAGCUACACACUCAACACAGACUCCCUGGAUUGGGCCCUGUACGAUCAUCUCAUGGAUUUCCUGGCCGACCGCGGCGUGGACAACACCUUCGCCGACGAGCUGAUCGAACUGAGCACGGCUCUGGAGCAUCAGGAGUACAUCAAAUUCCUGGAGGAGCUAAGCGGCUUCAUCAAAUGCAACUGAUGACCCCCCCCUUUCCCUUUCGACUCUCUCCCCUCGGAUAGAUCGGAAUAAUUACCGUAAAGACAAAAAAAAAAAAACCCCACAAAAAUGUCAAAACAAACUUUUUUUUUUAUUUAAUGUAAUUUACAUUUAUAGUACAGUCUGUUAAGUACAAACAAACAGAGUUCUGGUACUCGACCUGUAUUCAGAUCCUGUAUUCUUUUUCGGAACAUUCUUCUGGCCAAAAGAAAAAAAAAAAAAAAAGAGAGAUCAGUGUUCUAAAUGGAAGGAGAAAAAAAAAGCAAACUGGCUGCAGUUUUUUUUUUCUCAAAAGCAAGACUGUCAGGAAUGAGACAAUAACUUAACAGAAGGAUGGAUGGCACUUUGUCUAUGAAUCUCUGUAUGAAACCCUCUGUACAAAAUGUGUAAUAAAUGUUUGAUAAAUCAA